UGUAAUUCUUUGAGUACGCCGGUUUGUUCCAUAGAUACAGUGCAAAUGGUAAUCAUGGUGGGUAGAGGCUCAGGAGGCCUUACUCCCGUCCUGAAACUGAAGGUGGACGAACUCUUCAUACAAUGGCUGAGUGACCCUGACACCCAGCAGGACCUGAGGGAGACCCUUCAGCAUGUACAGCUGGGGGAGGGGGAUCUCCUCAUCACCAGCUCCCCUCAGAAGGCAGGGGUUUCCCCUCGGUCUCUUCGGCCAGCGUCACCGUCCACCCCACCUGCUUCCCCCACCCCGGGGAAGAUGGUCAGUCCACGCAGCCCACGCAGGAGAAGCUUCAAACGGCAGCUGCCAAAGACACCGCCUGUCAAAGAAAAGCCCAAAGGCACCCCGGUGUCAUCUGUAGGUGCUCGCAUACCUCAGUUCUACUUCCCUCAUGGCCGUCCCUCUCCGAGCAACAACAUAGAGGCCACGUUACAGAGAAUCAAGCAGACGUUUGAAACGUUUAAAGAUGGGAAGGUAUUCAAGUCUCAGUUUGCUGCAAUAACAAAAGCCUGUGGAUGCCCCCUGUACUGGAAGGCACCACUGUUCCUUGCAGGCGGGGGUGACAGAGCACCCUACGUUACAGCCAGUAGCUUUAUCCCUGUAUGGAGGAACAUUCUCACAACAUGCCAUGACGAUGCAUCCAAGUUUGUACGCCUGCUCGCCAAACCACAGACUGGUUCUACCAAAGGGAACUACAUUGUUGCAGAUGAUGUAAUUCCCUUUGUGCAAGACUUGAUUGACACGCAUCCAGGAUUGCUUUUCCUGCAGGAAGCACAAGAGUUUCACUCCAGAUACCUCCAUACUGUCAUAGCAAGGAUCUUCUACAGUGUCAACCGGUCCUGGUCGGGAAAAAUCACAGUGCCAGAACUAAGAAAGUCCAACUUAUUACAGGUUAUUGCCACAUUGGAAGAAGAAGAAGACAUCAACCAGAUCACAGACUUUUUCUCGUAUGAACACUUCUAUGUCAUAUACUGUAAGUUCUGGGAGCUGGACACAGACCAUGACCUGUACAUCAGUAAAGAUGACCUGUCACGACACAACGAUGGAGCCCUGUCUCCCCGCAUUCUGGACCGCAUCUUCUCUGGUGCAGUCACAAUGGGGAACAGUAUCGUUCAAGACGAGCGCAUGGGGUACCCGGACUUUGUCUGGUUCCUGUUGUCAGAGGAAGACAAAAGGUACCCCACAGCUGUUGAGUACUGGUUCCGCUGCAUGGACUUGGAUGGUGACGGCAUCUUGUCCAUGUAUGAGCUGGAGUACUUCUACGAGGAACAGUACAACAAGAUGGAACAGCUGGGAAUCGAACCCAUGCCCUUUGAAGACUGUUUAUGCUCAGUACUGGACAUGGUCAAGCCCAAACGUGAAGGUAAAAUAACGCUCGCCGACCUCAAGGCUUGUAAGAUGACCCACAUCUUCUUUGACACCUUCUUCAAUCUGGAUAAAUACUUAGAUCACGAGCAGAGAGACCCGUUUGCAGCAGCGAAGGAGGCUGAAGAAACAGCAGGCAUGUCAGACUGGGAGAAGUAUGCAGCAGAGGAGUAUGAAAUGCUUGUUGCUGAGGAGAAUGCCAGCGGAGGUCAGGGACAGGAUCCAUACGAUGACCAGAUACCAGAGGAAGAUGCUGGCUUUGACUUUGGGAUGGUUGAUGAUGAUGAUUCUUGGUCUUCUAAUUACUGAUGUGUUAAAGAUAGAGCACUCUGAUAUCAGAAUAUGCUUCAAUGUGUGUUUAAUUUUGCUAGGAAUAGGAAUGUGUGUAUUGCAAAACAUUGAUUAUAACAAUUAAGCAUGUUCAGAUGAAGAAAAGUUAAAUAUUUUCCAUGUGUUGUUUAACUUAGUGCAAUUUUGCCAGCACAUCUUUGUAUUUUAGAUUGUGUACAUAUGAGACCAAUACAUGCACAUGUGAACUUUACAAAGUUGCAUAUACAUUCUCACUAUGCACAGGCUGCAACUGGUGGUAGAGUGAUUCUUCUGUAUUUAUUACUUUGAAAAUGAGUUCUAUUGUAAACAUGAACACCCACCAAUUAUAUCAGUCAGAUUUCAGUCAGCAAUAUCAAUUACCUAUAUGUAUAUUGUCUUGAUCUUCCUAAGUAAAUGUGACAAGAUAUUAAAGCAUAACAAUCUUUAUUACAUAUUUUUGGUCAAAUGAACACACAUUAACUAUUGCAGCAGGUCAGGACUGGUAUAUGAAUAUUUUUCUGUCUUUUUUCUGCGUGUAACAUGUAAGUCAUUUAUUUUUUAUUGAGAGCUUGUCUAUAUAUACUUGUGUGUUCUCUUCCUUUUUAGUAUGUUAGAUCUGUACUGACUUCAGCAUUUUGUUGCACUUGUCUAGUUUUGUUAUCAGAAUUUAUGUAUAGCUUGACACUAGUAUACAGUGCCAAUGCAAAUCACUGAAAAAUGAUGGCCUCGAGCUUCAUAUUGGUGUAUCAAUAUGAUAUCACUUUUACCUCAAAAUUACAGUUCACACUUCAGGCUUUGAUAUGUCAUCUGUGGUAGAAUGCUUUGUAGGUUGCAAUCUAUGUGUACUAAAAUUAUUUUUGAUGUAUGUUUUUAUUAUUGGUCUUUUUGUCAUUUUUGUGAAAAACAUUUGGCUUUUCAUAAACGUAAGUCUAUUUCUGAUGAUAUUGGUAGAUGUUUACUGAUUAAAAAUGCCAGUUGUCACGUAA